AUGCCCUCAUAUCGCGAUACAUACCCUGAACUCCUGAAAAGGUGGCAAGAACUUAACAUCAAGCUGAGUACCCAAUAUAUGGUACUAAUGAAUGACUUUUUCAGUAAAAAAGAAGAAGCUUUAUGUAAGGAGAUAGAUUUAAUGGAAAAGGACAUCUCCUCGAACUCUGCUUUCAUUGAGCAUUUAAAUCUAUAUGAGGGUAUGCUUACCCACCUGUGCACCUUUGAUAAACAACUUGAGGUGAUGAAAAGAAAGAAACUAUGGUGUGAUAUUAAUGAUUUAAAAAAUGGUCAUAUCUUCUCAUGGCCUAAGCAAUAUAAUAAUAAAGAAGAGAAUGCUCAUGUUCAAUUUACUCAUACAGAACAUAAACAAGGCUCUAUGUAUGAACUCGAUACAUUUGAGUCAUCCACCAAUCUGGUUUGGCAGGAGAUGUCUCAACAAAAUCUAUUGGGUACUAGAGGUGUGGAGAAUGAAUUAGAGAAUGUAGAUGAUGAACCAGAAGUAACGCCCAUAACUGAACUUUCUAACGAAGAUUCUCUCAGUAAGAAAAAAGAGGGAUACCAGAAGGGGAGUAAGGAAGGAAGUGGCUCCAUUAGUUCAGCGUUGGCAUCUACUAGUUCAUCUUUUAUAGGCAAGCAGCAGAAAAUACAACUGAAUCUACCCAAACAGGUUGGUCCAUACAAACGGGACCAAUCGCGGAAAUGCUCACAAUCCAGAGGGAGAACUCGGAAUGGCCCUGUAACAAAGAGCAGGCUGAACAGACUCGGUGCUUUCUUUGUUAAAGCAUGGUAUGAAGUUCAUUCCUGCAAGAUUAGACAAUGUUGUGAAUGCAGUUACAGAUUUGAAAGUUUUACACGCACUCUUAACUUAAAAAAUAUUUUUAAAGAUUCUGAGAUCCCUCGCUCUGUCUGCAGUAACAGCUGCCUUGUAGGAUACAGAAAAAACAUUAGAAGGGGACAGCCAGUCUGUUGUUUUGAUUGUACUGCUUGUUCUGCAGGUGAAAUUGCUAACCAAACAGAUAUGAAUGACUGCUUGAAGUGCAAAGAAGACCAGUGGCCAAAUGACCAAAAUGACAAGUGUGUUCCAAAAGCCAUUGAGUUCCUGUCAUACAGUGAUACCUUAUGUGUCCUUCUGGUUGCCAUUGUAAUAUUCUUUUGUUUUGUCACAGCUUCAGUACUGUGUAUUUUCAUAAAGUAUAGGGACACCCCAAUAGUCAAAGCCAAUAACAGAGACCUCAGUUACCUCCUCCUUUUAUCACUGAUGAUGUGCUUUCUCUGUUCCUUACUAUUUAUUGGUCAUCCAAUGAGGGUGACAUGUAUUCUCAGGCAGACAGUUUUUGGUAUCAUUUUUUCUGUUAGUAUAUCUUCUGUUCUGGCUAAAACCAUCAUAGUUGUCAUUGCAUUCAAAGCAACAAACCCCAACAGUAAGUUAGGGAGCUGGGUGGGAACAAAGAUACCUUAUUCACUUAUUUUAUGCUGUAUGUUGGUGCAAGCUGUUAUUUGCACUGCUUGGCUGCUUACCUCACCUCCGUUUCCUGAAAUGGAUGUUAAGUCUUCAUCUAGCCAGAUAAUACUGGAGUGCAACGAAGGUUCAAAAACAUUCUUCUACUGCAUGCUUGGAUACAUGGGUCUUUUAGCUAUUGUGUGUUUUGCAGUUGCAUUCCUAGCUAGGACAUUACCGGAUACCUUCAAUGAGGCUAAGUACAUCACCUUCAGCAUGCUGGUGUUUUCCAGUGUCUGGCUGUCCUUUAUCCCAGCAUAUCUGAGUACAAAGGGUAAAUACAUGGUUGCUGUGGAAAUAUUUGCAAUAUUAUCUUCCAGUGCUGGGUUACUUGCUUGUAUAUUUUCUUACAAAUGCUAUAUCAUUUUGCUGCAAUCCAACCUGAACACUAAAGAGAACUUAGUAGGCAGAGGAGGAUUCAGUAACACUGAAAAGUAG